UUCCACGAUAGUCUCGAUAAACCAGAUAUUACGGUCGGACCCAUUCAUUAUCUCGAGUCUCGUCGAGUUUUUGCGCGGUAAUCGCGUGCGAGUCGCAUGUACGCAAAAAAUUGACCGGGUAUCUUUGAAUGUUUACCCUGAACACCAUUUUCGAAAAAUAUAACUAGGAUUUUACUGUGAAAUAGAUAAAAAAAUUAAUCUAGCGAAGAACUAUGUCGUUGUCUUGGACGCUUAUCGUUAUCGGAAUUUUCACGAGUUUGGUUGGUGCCCACGAAAUCACCGAAUCGAUUGCUCACCUCGUUGUGGACACCAUUGCCGCCUUCUUAUUUCCUGCCACGACUCUUAGUACCAUAAUGUGUGCUAAAACAGAGAACGCCGUUGUUUUAUCCAAAAUAUUAUCAAAAAAUGGCAUAGCUAAUAAUAGAGUGGAGUUUGACCGAUUUUCCAAUGAAAUUGACAAAUCUACGUGGCACAAAUUGACGUUUUUCCUCGAUUUGAAUUGUUCAGAGGCAUCAGACGUUUUGAAAAAAGUACGAUCGACGAAGCGAGCUGUUCGUUUUAGCGUAACGCACACAUGA